UCAAAAUAAAUCAAAUAGGCCAUUCGAAAAUAGGCGGCCAUUUCGGAAGGUUUAAACAGGGAUUUACUCCUGUGAAAGAAGCUGCCUUCAUCCAAGAUGAGUUUUGAUUUCACCUUGCCACUGUGUAAAGAUGACUUGUUGAACAGAACAGGUGCCAGCCAGUAUGUGGUAGAUGAAGUCUACAGUAUCAGGCAGCUGCCGGGCAAGCUGCAGGAAUGUAGAAGUGCUUUCAGAGCCAAGGGACCAAGAGCCAUGUUAGAGGCCUUUGAUUCACUUUUCAGUGUUCUUACACAUCAGCAUAACAUUGAGUUUGGACUGAGGGAAGAAACGUGGGAACUUUUACUGAAAGUGAUGACAGCACACUGCAGUCAACUUCCAUCUGUCCUGGAUGGAGAACUGGACAGUACUGACCGCUUGGACCACUUGAACAUCCUGAAGAUGACCACGUACCUGCUGUGCCAGUUUGUGGAGAGUUUUGAGGCUGAGGCAACCAAACCCAGCGUGAACGCUGCGACAAAGGGGCGUGGCAAGGCAAAGAAGAAGGAAGUACUGACAGGUUGGGACUGGGAGGCGGAGCGUGAGAAGAGUGUGCAGACGCUGCUCCAGGUGCUGCAGCUCAACCUGAACAGAUUGUGGGACCCGCCUGUGGCAGAGGAAGAGUUUGUGAACCUGGUCACCUGCUGCUGCUACAAGCUGCUGGAGAACCCCAGUGUCACCAAGAACAGAGUCACCAAAGACGCCAUCUUCCACCUCCUGGGGACCAUGGUCAAGAAAUAUAAUCAUGGUCUUGGGGCCAGCUUGAAGAUCAUUCAGCUGUUACAGCACUUCGAGCACCUGUCCAGCCCCCUAGCCCAGGGCCUGGAGCUCUUUGUGACGGAGCUGGGGUUAAAGGGGGUGGUGGGUGAGAUCAUGAGGGAGCUUGGCAAGAUGGACCCCCGGGACCUGGCUCGGGACAACUCCGGGACGCGGGCUUAUGCAGCUUUCAUGGUGGAGCUAGCAGAGAGGAUCCCAGAAGUUAUGCUGCCCAAUAUCAGUGUGCUUAUACCACUGUUGGAUGGGGAGUCCUACUCCAUGCGUAACGGGGUGCUGGGAGUACUUGGGGAGAUCCUAGUGAAGGUACUCAGCAAAGAAGACCUGGAUGCCAACUUGAAAAACACUAGGGACCAGUUUCUGGAUAAGUUGGAAGACCAUAUCCAUGACGUCCAUGCAUUCGUCCGUAGCAAAGUCCUUCAGGUUUGGCUGACUGUCGUGAACGAGAAGGCCCUCCCUCUGCCUCGGCAGCACCACCUGGUGGACCUUGUGAUAGGGAGGCUUCAGGAUCGGUCCAGCCAAGUUCGUAAAUAUGCUGUACAGCUGAUCACUGCUUUACUGAGGAGUAACCCCUUUGCUGCUAAGGUUAGUAUAUUGGGGGUAAAGCCUGGGCCCUGA